AUGCUGGAACAUGGAAAUGAGGGCUGCCAAAACAGGAGCAACUGCACCUGCUGCAUGUUUGAGGAUCCUAUUCUCUCCUACAUGCUUCCUCCAAUUCUGAUCAUAAUCUUUGUGUUGGGGACAGUACUUAAUGGAUUUGCUUUGUGGGCCUUUUGCUUUCACAUAAAGACAUGGAAGUCUAGCACGGUCUUUCUCUUCAACCUGUCAGUAGCAGAUUUCCUGCUCAUGAUUUGCCUACCCUUCAGGACGGACUAUUACUGGAGGAACAAGACCUGGGCCUAUGGAGAUAUCCCAUGUCGGCUGAUGCUAUUCAUGCUUGCCAUGAACAGGGCAGGAAGCAUCUUCUUCUUAACUCUAGUAGCUACAGAUCGGUAUAUUCGAGUUGUUCAUCCUUAUAGCAAGAUCAACUCCCUAUCAACUAAGGUUGCUGCAGCCAUGGCCUGUGCUGUUUGGUUUGUUACAAUAUUAAUGACUGCCUCCAUCCUCACCAAGGUCCAUACUGGAGGUGCCAUGUCCACAAAAGCAUACUGCGACAGCUUUAUGGUGUGUCCUGCGGCCUCGUGGUGGCAUGAUCUCCUCUUCAUCUUCCAAUUUUUCCUGCCUCUCUGCAUUGUUCUUUUCUGUACUGGUUGUACCAUCUGGAGGCUCAGACAACGGAACCUGAACAAAAAUACAAAGAUUAAAAAAGCUGUGAAAUGUAUCAUAACGGUCGGCAUAGUGUUCUUCAUAUGUUACUUGCCAAGUGUUUCAACCAGGAUUGAUGUCGUAAGGAUUCGGGCUUCUCCAGAAAGAGAUGAAUGCAGUUUAUACAGAACCAUUGAUAAAGCAUUUUACAUAACAGUCUGCUUCACAUACAUAAAUAGUAUGUGUAAUCCUUUGGUUUACUAUUUCUCUAGUCCUUCACUGAGAAAGUUUUAUUUAAAUAUUCUGCAAUGCUCAAGCCAAGCAGAGUCUGAAUCAGAUGCAGGACCAAACAAUACCAACAAUACUAGCAUGUUUCCAAGCAACGACCAGAUCUAG